UCCGCUCCACCAAGAGGCAGGCCUGCGCGCCAGGAGAUCGCGGCCGCUACGGGGCGGCUCUGCCGUAUUUGGCAAGGGACGAAAGAGACGGACCGCCUCGGUCGGUGCCAUUGGCCGGGAACAUGGCGCUGAACAGGAACCACUUGCCCGGUGGCGGGGUUGUCCCGCCCCACGGGGAAAGUAUUCUCAAGCACUGUAAAGAUGUGGAGCUGACUUUCUCUGAGGUAACUGGAAAUCCAGAGAUGUUCAAAGGCACUAAGAAAGGAAUGGUUUUUCUCACUCCUUAUCGGGUUAUUUUUGUGUCAAAAAGCAAAGACCCAAUGUUGUCUUUCAUGAUGCCAUUCCACUUGAUGAAGGGAUGCUCCAUUGAACAACCUGUCUUUUCUGCCAAUUAUAUCAAAGGAGUAAUACAAGCAGAACCAGGAGGUGGCUGGGAAGGUCAGGCUUCAUUUAAAAUAAGCUUUUUCAGUGGAGGUGCAGUAGAAUUUGGACAAAUGAUGUUCAAGCUUGCAAGUGAUGCUUCUAGAGGAGUACCAGCUCCGAGUUUUGGCUAUGGGUAUGCACCACCACCUUUUCCUGGUGCUUAUGGACCUCCACCAGGAAGCUACGUUAUGCCACAGCCAGCUUCUGGAGCCUAUAUUUAUAUGCCUGCACAAAUGAAUGGAUAUGGAGUUGCUCCGCAGCCUAUGGGAUAUCCAUAUGCACCUCCUCCAGGUGCAUAUCCACCACCUCCUGGGAUGAACUCCAUGUACAUGGCACCUCCUCCCCCAUAUCCUGGCCCUUCUGCUGCUGGACCUUCAGCUCCCAUCGAUCCAGGACCUACAGCUCCUAGGACCUGGACAGAACCUGGGAUGCCAGGUGGCAAUAAAGCAGCAGAGGCAACUUCCAGUGCAUAUUAUAAUCCAGCUAAUCCUCAUAAUGUUUACAUGCCUAUGGAUCAACCACCUCCUUAUGCACCACCUGAGGAAAAGAAGAAUAACUAACAGGAGCCUCAGCGCCACUUUCUUAUGUUUCUUGACUUUGAAGAUUCUGCCAUUGCUGCUGCCUCUUGUUUUUUUUUUUAAUCUCUAGACCAUCCUGCGUCAGUAGCAUGCAUAGUAUUGGAUGAUGUUACACCUGCUGUUAAACUUUCAGAAUGGCAAUACAAGAGCGGUGACAGUAGUACUUUAUAUGUUUUAUGUCCUGAGGGUAGGCUAUAACAAAACACUUUAAUGGGACACAGAUAUUCAUGAAGGAGCAUUUUGUUUUUCUGCAUCUCUGUAUGUUUAAUACCAUCAAUAUCUGCACUUCUUGCAGAGUAAUGAAUAACAGGGAAUUUUCAGAGACUUCUAUCCUUCCUGCAAAAGUAGAAGGGAAGAAAGCUUUCCACUGAUUCCUAGAAAUUGAUAUCUAAAGAGGAAGGGAUGACAAGGAGAUCCAAAAGGUUAAUCAAUUCCUUUCUUCUCAGUAACUGUUGCUGCCUUCUAGUUUGCCACAUUCAACCAUGCUUUAAAGAUUUCACUUUCUGCGAUAUUGGUUCUUAGUCCUUGCAGAAGGAUGCCAGGGAGAAAUAGUUUUAUUGUAUCUACAUCUGAAGGAAUGCACAGCAGGUUUUUCUGCUUUCAAUUUGGCUGCAGGGUUAUGUCUCUAAAACGUCUUUAUGUGUCUCUGUGUCUCUAAAACAUCUUCUGCCUGGUAUAAGACUAGGGCAGUGAGUUUUACUCAAAUUAGGUCAAAUUAUCUGUCUGCCCUAACCAUACAGCAGCAAGGAAAUUGGAAUUGAAACCAUUUAUGUGAACUGGAACCAAAGAUUGGCUUUAUAAUCGAGAGGACUAAAAUAAAAUGUAAUUUAGCAAACAGCAUAAUACCUGAUCCAGAAAAAAACAGAUAUUGGUUAUUCUAAGAACAGGACUCAAUCUUUGAUCUGGAAAUCAGUUCUUUUCUGUAGCAGCAGCAGCUAAUACAAUACUAAAUAUUAUAUCUAAAAGAAAAAUACUUUUUUUUUGCUACAGAAAAUGGGAAUUUACACUGCUGUAUGUUGGUAAAGCCAGACAUAGAUAUCAAAGCAGUUUCUUUUUGUUUAGGCCUCUAUCUAGAUUUAGCUGAGCUACACCAUUAGGCCAGAGAUAAUGAAGUGGAAAAAUAUUAAAACUCCAAACAUGAGUAAGAUACUAUAUUUGAUAAGAGUUCUGUAAUUAAAUGGUAUUGGAAGAGAAAACUAAAAAUAGUUUUUUUGUCCGAGCUAGAAAGAAGCAACCAAUAUUCUGGGUUAUGUUAAAAUGUUAUUUAAUAAUGACAACUUAUGUAUAUUCUUAAAAGAACUAUUGUUCCACUAAUGUAGUGGAGAAUAUAAUUUGCAUAUAGGACAUCUCUUUUUUCUUUCUUGAUGAUAGGGCUUUUACUUCACAGAGAAAAAACUCAAGACAUACUGGUGCGUUAUGGAUACUCGUCUAUUUUCCCUUUAGUAAAUGAGUUUAUUAUUCAAUAAAAAGUAUGAAAUAAACUUUUUUCUAACAAAUACCUUCAUUCUGAACACACAAGCGUAACUGUUUUCCAUAACUAAAUAGUUAACUCUGUUUAUAUUAUUUUUGAAUUGCACUUUAAUACAGAAAUAUUGAAACUUU